CUGGUUUCCAGUCAUUGCCCCCUAUGGAAGAAAGAAGAAGAAAAACAAGGAAACAGGACGUUAGCUGAUUUACUGUCAACCAAGAAAAAUGGACACACGGUUCACUCGGGGGAAAUCCAGCAUCUUAGAGCGACCACUGACACGACCUAAGACUGAGGUCAGUGUGAGCGCCUUUGCCCUCCUUUUCUCAGAGAUGGUCCAGUACUGUCAGAGCCGCGUCUACUCUGUGUCCGAGCUGCAGACGCGCCUGGCGGACAUGGGCCAGAGUGUAGGAGCCAGCAUGCUGGACGUGCUGGUGCUGAGGGAGAAGAAUGGAAAGAGGGAGACCAAAGUCCUGAACAUGCUGCUCUUCAUCAAGGUCAACGUGUGGAAGUCUUUGUUUGGGAAGGAGGCUGACAAGCUGGAGCAGGCCAAUGAUGACGACAAGACUUACUACAUCAUAGAGAAGGAGCCACUAAUCAACGCCUACAUAUCUGUGCCGAAAGAGAACAGCAGCUUGAACUGCGCUGCUUUUACUGCUGGCAUCGUGGAAGCCAUCCUCACACACAGCGGCUUCCCUGCCAAGGUCACUGCCCACUGGCACAAAGGCACCACACUCAUGAUUAAGUUUAACGAGUCGGUCAUCGCCAGGGACAAGGCUUUGGAUGGCAGAUAAAUAAAAAGACUUUAGAGACUGCCCCUUUUUAUUAAAAUUCCAUACAGGAUGAGGAUAAAUCAUCCAGUUCCAGGCUUGUGUUAAUAUAUGAAGUAACUGUGACUGAAUGUCUUUGUGGAAACUAAUGCAAGAAUGGAUGUGCUGAGCCACAGAAAAAGAUGCAGCUGGUUUGUUCAAAAUUGCAGGAUGUAUGGGUUUUUUCAAACAUGUUGUACAUUAACAGGUGUGUUUUCCAAAAAUUACUUUUAAAUGUCAUGGUAUUUCAUUACUUGCAGUGAUGCAUCGUUGUAGAGCUGUGUGUAAUAUACUUUGAUCCUCGCUCUCUCUCUCAUGAAACACAUUUACCCGUCAGCUCCAGAAUUCCUACUGCAAUGGUGCAACUGACACAGAAUUGUCAUGUUUUUAUCAGACUCUGCAGGCAGGAAGAACCCGACAUGACACCUUCUGGUGCACAUGAGAGCAUGCAGCAUAGAAUUUUCUGUCAAUUAUUUCGUCUAGAUCUUACACACUCCUUUAAUGUGACCAGGAAAACAUCUCAGUUGCACUGUUAUUUGACUUUGAGAAUCAAUUAUCAGCAUAAAAAAACAGAUUAGAUAGUCAUAGCACUUGUGAGUUGCAGCAAUUGACUCAAACUGGGUUGAAUGUGAAACAGAGUCAUUGAUUUUUUUCUCAAUGGUCACCAAUGAUUUGUAAAAACAAACAAACAAAACAAAUACUGUAUUUUACAUUUAAAUGUCCAGACUAAGGGUUUUUUUCUGUUAUUCAUCCCAGUUCAACUCCAGCUGCAUUUUUCACAGUUACAGUCAGGACUGCAGCCACUUGACGAUAGUGAUACGUCAUUUGUGUUAAAAUCGUGUUUUUUUUAUUUGUGCAUGCAUGCAAAUAUGACGCUAAUACACAAGAAGGUUUCUAUUCUAUAAAUACAAAUUUAAAUACUGGGAGAGUUUUUCAAGCCACUUUCAAUAGUUUUCAAUUGAACAAGACUGUAAUUGAAUAGCCCAUUAAACAAUCCUAAUUAAUAAUGUAAAAAUACAAGGAAUAGUUUGUCUUUUUGCAAAAUAUGUUCAUUGUAAUCGUCCAAACUGUAUGUAGCUCUGUCCCAUGGUAAGAAAAGCUACUUAAAGCCCCUCUAACGUUUAUCUACUCUAACAUCCCUAUUGUUUGAGGACACAUGGUUUCACUGGGAGUCAGAACAGUUUCAGAGGUUAUAGGUGCGUUUUAGGGGCUUUGGACCUCAAUAAAUCAGGAUACAGCCCUGCUCAUAAUGUGUUCUUGUACUUGUAUUAUCAGUACCACUGUUGAUCUUGAAUAAAACUGUUGGAAAAAAUA